AUGAAUCAGCUCGAGACUGUUGAGCCAAAGAAGGCCAAAGACAACUCGGUGAAGUCGCCGCCGAGCGGUGACCCAACUCAGGAUGCCGAGAAGCAGGCUGGUCAGUCACCUGGCGGCGAGGAUGGGCUCAAGAGGAAGCUCAAGAGCAGACACUUACAGAUGAUUGCUAUCGGUGGCACUAUUGGUACUGGACUCUUUAUCGGAUCGGGCGGUGCUAUUGCCAAAUCGGGGCCUGCAGGAGCCCUCAUCGCCUACAUCUUCGUAGGCACCCUCGUCUACAGCGUGAUGACUUCGCUGGGUGAGAUGGCAACCUACAUGCCAAUUUCUGGAGCCUUCACAGCCUAUGCUGCACGGUUCAUCGAUCCGUCGCUGGGCUUCGCGAUGGGAUGGAUCUACUGGUUCUCCUGGGCCAUGACAUAUGCCUUGGAGUUGACCGCGACAGGUCUCAUCAUCAAUUACUGGGCACCGAAUCUGUCGAUUGCCAUCUUCAUCAGCGUCUUCUGGGUCUUGAUCACCAUCAUCAACAUGCUGCCGGUCACUAUCUACGGAGAGUUCGAGUUCGGCCUGUCGAUGAUCAAGGUGGUGACCGUCCUGGGUUUUAUCAUCUUUGCCAUCUGUAUUGCUGCUGGAGCUGGCCAACAGGGAGUGAUCGGGUUCGACAACUGGAAGGAUCCUGGCGCGUUCGCUCCCUAUCUGGUCGGUGACGGUGCCCUGGCCAAGUUCAUCGGCUUUUGGGCAGUGUUGAUCCAAGCCGGAUUCUCCUACCAGGGAACAGAACUGGUCGGUAUCGCCGCUGGGGAGACCGAGAACCCGCGCAAGAACGUCCCUGCCGCCAUCAAGAAGACCUUCUACCGAAUCCUCUUCUUCUUCGUUGUCACGGUCUUCUGCAUUGGUCUCCUGAUCCCGUACACCAACAAGGAUCUCCUAAACUCGAGCGGAGCCACAUCUGCCGCCGCCUCGCCCUUUGUCAUCGCCGCCAAGCUCGCCGGCGUCAAGGUGCUCCCAGGCCUCAUCAACGGCGUCCUCCUCUUCGUCGUCAUUUCCGCUGCGAACUCGAACGUCUACUCCGGCAGCCGGAUCCUCCUCGGUCUCGCCAUAGACGGUUCUGCCCCGGCCUGCCUCAAGCGCACCACUAAAUCAGGCGUGCCCUGGAUCGCGAUUCUCGCCACCUCCGCCUUUGGGUUCUUCGCCUACCUCAACCUGUCCAACUCCGGCACCACGGUUUUCAACUGGUUCUUGAAUAUCACCGCCGUUGCUGGAUUCAUCAGCUGGGCUUGCAUUAGCUGGUGCCACAUCGCAUUCAUGCGCGCACUGGCCGCCCGCGGUACUGACCGCGACACUCUCCCCUACAAGGCCUUCUGGGAGCCCUACUUCGCGUGGUAUGGGCUCUGUUUCAACGUGCUGAUCGUCUGGACUCAAGGCUUCGAAUCCUUCAUCCCGUGGAACGCGUCGCAAUUCUUUGCAGCGUAUGUCAGUCUCAUCCUCUUCUUGGUGUUGUUCGUCGGCCACAAGUUGAUUAUGAAGACGACGUACGUGAGGAGCGUGGAUGUGGAUCUCGAUACGGAUGCGGCCAAGGACGACGACGGCUCGUGGAGUGUUGAGGAGCCUACAACGUGGUGGGGGAGAAUUGAUGUGCGUCGAGUUUUCUCUCGACAACUGUCGAAUACGUGUGGCCCUACGGGCGGCCUCGAUCCGUAUAGUACAAACAUCGUUCUCUUUCGUCGUAAAGCUAAGAAGGCUCGCGUUCAUCGUAGUCGGCGUGGUAUUCGAGAAGAAGGAGGAGGGAGGUUCGGAAUCGCCGGUAAAGGAGAAUUCUUCGAGGAGACGUCGCAUGUCGAUGAUUCAAUUUCGGCUCUCCAGACUCUUUAUCUCUCUUUCUACCGCAGGAGAAAGAAAGAAAAAGAGCUGAAGGUUCGUAGGGGGCACCUCGUACAGGUAAAGAAUCGUAGCCCCCCCGUAGCUUGGGGACGAGGGUUGGAUCUGGCUCGGACAUCUGCUCGUAAACAGAGAAGUUCUAUACUUACUUGUAAUAAGCAAGCUUGUUGA